GCGAAUGGAUCAAUAAUUGGAAGGUUCAAAGCCGUCUCCUCCUCAUUUCUCUGUUGUCUGUUUGUUGGGUAUCUCUGAAUUGCUUUCCUUAUUAACCCGAAUCAGUCUCCUUUCUGAGUUUCAUUUCGUUUCCCUCUUCCGAGCAAACCCCCAAGAAUUGAUCUUUGCUCAAGAGAAGCCCUUGAUUUCAAUUGUAGAUUACUUUGAAUAGGUUAGCUCUUUCAGGAUUUAGGUGAAAGGGUCAGACUUUCUUGCUGGGUUUUCUUCGUCGAUAGCCACAACCGCUUCGAAUUGUCAUUUCUCUGAGUCUGGGACUCUGUUGGUUCAUUUUGUUUAGGGAAAAAAGAAAAAAGAAAAAAAAAAGGAUUUUGAUUUGCCCGCGGUGGAUUUCAGCUCAAGGCUAAGCAAAGGCUACGGAGAUAUCUUAGAAUUUUAGUAGCCGGGUACUAAGGUGUUCCGAGAUCAAUCCACCCAUACACUGUUUGGUGAAUUUGUGAAGUAAUAGAGAAGAUGACCACCGGAGAUGUCGCCCCGCAGAAGGAGAGGAAAUCAAGAAAGAACAAGCCGAUUGUCGAUGAAAAGGCCCCUCUAUUGCCCAAGAGGCAAGAUGAACACGCAGGGUUUGAUGAGUUUGAUGGCGCUUCCUUCACUGGGGCGGUCUUUAAUCUGUCGACCACAAUUGUUGGUGCUGGGAUCAUGGCACUGCCCGCAACAAUGAAAGUGUUGGGUCUUGGUCUAGGAAUCGCUAUGAUUAUCUUCAUGGCCUUCUUGACCGAGGCUUCAAUCGAGUUGCUGCUCAGGUUUAGCAGAGCAGGGAAGUCUCUCUCCUAUGGAGGUCUCAUGGGAGAUGCUUUUGGGAAGUACGGGAAGAUUCUAUUGCAGAUAUGUGUUAUGGUUAACAACAUCGGCGUGCUCAUUGUCUACAUGAUCAUUAUAGGUGAUGUGCUCUCUGGAACAUCUUCGAGUGGGGUACACCACGCAGGUGUGCUGGAAGGGUGGUUUGGAGAACACUGGUGGAACGGGCGUACCUUUGUUCUUAUUGUCACGACCCUCGGUGUAUUUUCUCCACUUGCAUGCUUCAAGCGGAUUGACUCGUUGAGUUUCACAUCUGCUUUAUCAGUUGCGCUGGCUGUGGUGUUUCUUGUCAUCACAAUCGGAAUUUCAAUUGUGAAGUUGAUAAGUGGAGGGGUUACGAUGCCGAGAUUGAUGCCUGAUAUUACUGAUUUGGCGUCAUUUUGGAAGCUCUUCACUGUUGUCCCCGUUCUUGUAACAGCAUAUAUCUGCCAUUACAAUGUUCACAGCAUCGACAAUGAACUCGAAGACAACACGCAGAUUCAGCCAGUUGUGCGGACAGCCCUUGCCUUGUGCUCUUCUGUCUACGUAAUGACGAGCUUCUUUGGGUUCCUCCUGUUCGGUGAUGGGACCUUGGAUGAUGUCCUUGCAAACUUUGACACUGAUCUUGGAAUCCCUUACAGCUCAAUCCUAAAUGAUGCUGUCCGUGUUAGUUAUGCGGCCCACCUCAUGCUUGUUUUCCCUAUUGUCUUCCAUCCUUUACGGCUUAACCUUGAUGGGCUUCUCUUUCCCCAUCGGAGGUCUUUAUCCCGAGACAAUGUGAGGUUUGGCUUGAUUACAGCUGGGCUGAUUACUGUCAUCUUUAUGGGUGCAAACUUUAUUCCAAGCAUCUGGGAUGCUUUCCAGUUCACCGGAGCCACUGCUGCUGUUUGCCUUGGGUUCAUUUUUCCCGCUUCCAUCACUUUAAAGGACCGACACAGCAUAGCAACGAAGAAGGACAAGAUCUUGGCCAUUUUUAUGAUUGUUCUUGCUGUCUUCUCGAACCUGGUGGCAAUAUACAGUGAUGCUUAUGCCUUGUUCAAGAAGAACAAGUCCUCGCCCAUGUAAUCUUGAGCCCGAGACAUGAACAAUGGAAUUGUGUUGAUGUGAGGUCAUGCAAAAGAAAUCAGCAAAGCUUGGGAAGGGUUUGAAUCAUGACUCUGACGAGCUCCAAGCUUUCUGUGUGAGACUUUGUUGCAUAAUACAUGUACAAAAUUGUGUACCCAAAUCGGGAGGAUUAGUAACCUGUCCGUACUAUAUUUUCUUGAUAUUGCCUGCUUGAAACUGGUUUGUCUAGCUGAGUGUGAACUGUCUUGAAAUAAAUCAACAGAUGUCAUGACUUCCUCUCUUC